AUGCCUGCACCAUAUUUGCCAAUCGACAGCUAUGCUGGACUGCCUGAACAUCAGUGGUCUUCGCUGGUCGGUAUCAUCACAGCUAUUGUCGGAAACGCUAUAAUCGCGUUUGGGCUCAACACACAACGAUAUGCACAUAUUCGAAUCGACCGAGAAUUGAGAGACAAGCAGGAUCCUAAGGCAAAGACUGCUCGAAAACAGUUGCCGAAAAAGUUGAGACAAUAUGGCACUCUUAUACAGCAGGAAGAGGCGGCUGAGGAGAGACAAAGGAUAAAUGAGGCUGCAACAGUUCCUACCGAGCUUAACGGUGCACCUGAAGAAGUAGAUGGGCACUUCGACAAUGGCAAGAAGCAUGCAGCUCAAGAGGAAGACGGCGAAGAUGAGAACGAGGGUGAGGACAGCCAGCCUCAAAGAAAGUCCUACCUCAGAUCGCCCUGGUGGUGGCUCGGGAUUGCACUUAUGACUGUUGGUGAGACGGGGAAUUUUCUAGCUUACGGAUUUGCACCUGCCUCGAUUGUCAGUCCUCUUGGAGUGGUUGCUUUGAUUUUGAACUGCUUAAUCGCUCCGCUUAUGCUGAAGGAACGCUUUCGACAACGAGACUUCUGGGGUGUCGUUGUUGCCAUAGGAGGCGCAGUCACGGUUGUGCUUUCUGCUAAAACGAACGAGAAGAAACUUGGCCCUGGCGGACUUUUGGCUGAUAUCAAGAGGUGGGAGUUCUUGGUUUAUGUUGCAAUUACUGUCGUACUCAUCAUUGCUCUAAUGAUAGCGAGUCCAAGAUAUGGCGAGCGUACCCUGUCGGUCGACCUUGGUCUGGUCGGUCUUUUUGGUGGCUAUACUGCACUUUCCACAAAGGGUGUUGCUUCCCUGCUCUCGACUUCGUUGUAUCGCGCCUUCCAGUAUCCGAUAUUCUAUAUCCUGGUUCUUGUACUGGUAGCUUCAGCAGUUCUCCAAAUUCGAUAUCUCAACCGAGCUCUGCAAAACUUCAAUUCGACACAGGUCAUUCCAACACAGUUCGUGCUCUUCACAUUGUCCGUCAUUAUCGGUUCUGCCGUUCUUUAUCGAGACUUUGAACGCACAGACAUCGACCAUGUUCUGAAGUUCGUCUUUGGCUGUCUUUUGACAUUCGGUGGUGUUUAUCUGAUUACCAGUGGACGAGAGCAGGAGGACGAGGAAGAAAAUGAAGAAGUAACUCAGCAUGACGUUGAACGCAUCCGUCUUUUGGAUGAUGAAGCGGCACAUGCGCCGGAACCUGACAACAAGCAAGAAGCCCGCAACCUCAAGCUUGACACGAAUAUUCAUGUUCCAGAGACACCACAAUUGGCACUUUCAAGAACUUCUUCAGCUGUACCCUCGAUUGCAGUCACUCCAGCAGCUACCUCGACCGAAGACAUCAACAGAAAUCCGUUCAUCUCCUCGACAGACGACCUUUCUCGUAUGCAGGCUCAGCCAGACACUGGGGACAGGCCUCAAACACCAGUUCAUCAAAUAACACGCUCGACAUCAUCGCAGACACCGUUCUUCACCCCUUCGACCACAAAACUACAGACUCCGAAUCAACGACUUGGACGUACGAUUUCUUCUCCAGCUCAGCCACAAACGCCAACACGUCGUGGUCCAUCCCCACCCAAGCCACACCUCGAGGCACCAUACAGCGUCAGCACACUCAAGCGAGCUAGCAUAUCUCUUGUACCUGGUCCAAUCUUACAGCCUCUCUCAUCCUCCUUGGCAGGCAUUGUCGCAGACCGCAUCCUAAGAGCAGCAGGCAGCUCCGACGUAGAUCUGGAAGCUGGCAUUCCAAAUGCGUUCGCGUCCGAAAAUGCUGCGCAGCGUGUUCAUGAUGCGCGCAGGGCGCAGGUGUCAACGGACAGUGGUGAGAGCCCAACACUCAUGCGCACUACUACACAAGAAGAGAGUGGGAGUUUUGUCGACAGCAUAAAGGGUACAAAAGGUAGAUUGAGAAGUAUGAGCGAGACUCUGACGAAUUUUAUGAGCAAGGCCAGAAGAAGUAGUAAGGACGAUGGACGGAAUGGAGGAGGAGGGUCAGCAAUAGGUACCGAGGGUAAUAACUAG